UAUCAGAAGAAUAACCCAUCUCUGCCCUAAACAGAUUGAAGAGUGCAUCUCUGGGGGUAUGUAGACGCCGUACGCAUGAUGAUCACGUGAAAUGCCACGUCGUUUCUCUACUCGUGACUGAUCCACCCCCAUUUAUAUACCUAUUCGUUCAUUCAUCUUCCAUUCAACAAUUCGACGUCAUCAUCAAAUCAUUCCAUACUUCCCCUAUAUCCCUACAUCUCAUUCAUAGACAAUGGCUACUGAAACCGAGCUCUCACUUUUCUCCAACGAUUUAAUCUCAGAGGAAUGUCAAAAUUCAUUACCUGAAGGCUAUAAAUUCCGUGCUCUUCAACGCUCCGAUUUUCAUCAUGGUUAUCUAGGUGUUUUGCGAGAUCUUGCAUAUGUUGGGCCCAUCACAGAAGAACAGUGGGAGGAGCGAUUUGAUGCAAUGAAGAAGUGUGAGGAUACUUAUUAUGUGUUGGUAAUUGUGAAAGAGGGUGGUGAUGAAGAGGUUAUUAUGGGAACGGGUACACUUGUCGUGGAGAUGAAAUUGUGAGUACACUUCACAUCUUAGACUUCUCUAGGAAAUAAUGCUUGGAAUUUCUAACAAUAUUUAUGGUUGAAGCCUGGGAAAUCUGGGUUUACAGGGACAUGUAGAGGAUGUGUGUAUUUCUGCAGAUCAUCAAGGACAGCAAUUUGGAACGAAACUUAUCAAGGCGUUGGAUCAUAUUGCAGCGGAAAGAGGCUGUUAUAAGGUGCGUACAUUUCUUCCAUUGCCAAAACUUGGAAUACAGCAGUUGCUGAUUUCUUUCCAGAGUAUACUUGAUUGUGGUGAAAAGAAGAGAGCUUUUUACGAAAAGUGUGGCUAUGAAGGGAGAGGUUACGAAAUGCAUCAUUAUCACGACCUUGAAUCAGAGGCUGCAUUGAAUGGAGUUUGAGCUGAAGCUGUAUACCCUCUCAAACCUAAUGUUUGCUUUUAAAAUUUUGGUGGCAGCAGGCUUGGCUCAAGAUAAUGGUGUUGAAAUUUACUUCCUAAACGCUCUACU